CGAGCGCGUAGAUCGACGGACACGCGCGAGCGCGCGCGCGGAGCGUCGGAAAGGGUCCGAUCUUCGGUCUCGCGCGCGCGAACGGCGACGCGCGGCGACGCGACGCGCGAGACGCGCGGAGAGAAGGAAUCGUCGAAAAGCGACGGUCCAACCGACCGCUCUCGGAACCGCGACGCGCGCGAGAGAGAGAGGGACGAACGGGCGAUCGGAAGAUCGCGUCGACGCUGACAGACAUGGUGCUGCUCACGGCCGAACAGCAAAAGGCGUUCGACGCGACGCUGCGAAAGCGAACGCAGUUGGAGGCGGCGCGCGCGAAGGGCUCGGACCGGCGAGGCGACGCGCUCGAGCAAAAAUGGACCGAUGGACACGGGGUGCAGCACAGUCGAGCGAGCGGGCGGGGUAAGAAGGGUGAUGAAACAAUGCGCGUGCUGAGCGUGAUCGAUGAAUCGCCUGUGUUCGCGUUGGAUAGGGGAGAUCCGAAUUACGACUCGACGGAGGAACCGUUUGGGUUGCGCGCGGCGGCGGGCGACGCGAAAUCGGACGUCGUCGUGGAGUACAAAAACAAAGCCGAGACGAUCAUCAACGAGUAUUUCAACUCUGCGGACAUUGACGAGGCGUGGAUCAGCGUGGAGAAGUUGGACGCGCCCGUGUACGAACACUUCUUCGUGAAGCGCCUCGUUACCCUCGCUAUGGACCGGGGGCAUCGAGAAAAAGAAGCCGCGGCGACGUUACUCAGCGCGUUGUAUCCCAGCGCGCUGUCGGGAGCGCAAAUACAGCGUGGGUUCUUGCGUCUCGUCGAAGCCGCGGAUGAUUUGUCCAUCGACGUUCCCGACGCGGCUGAAACGUUGGGCAUGUUCAUCGCGCGAGCCAUCAUCGACGACAUCUUACCGCCCUCAUUCCCGGAUAACGUCGCCUGUCUCGUAACGUGCGAAGGUAAACAGUCGCAAGAGGCCCUUCUACUGGCACACGGACAUCUCUUUGGACCUGGUCACAUUGAUCGAGUGCUUCGCGCGUGGGGCGAUUUCGACAAGUCGCCUCUGGACGCCGCCAAGCUGCAAAUCAAGUCGAUGCUGGAGGAAUACGUGGUGACGAACGACGUUUCGGAGACUCGUCGUUGCUUGCACGACCUACACAUGCCCUUCUUCCAUCACGAGUUUGUCAAGCAAGCGUUGAACAUUGCGCUGGAAGCUCCGCGGGAUUGCCACAGCGUUGCAGUCAUUCUCGGGCUAUUCAAGGUUCUCGGAGACAGCGCCGAAUUGAGCGCGAGUCAACUACAGAAAGGCUUCAUACGCACCAACGGCGCGAUCGAAGACUUGAGCUUGGACAUCCCCGACGCCAAGUCGAAAUUCGACCACAUCAAACAGAUUUGCGUUCAGCACGACGUCGUCAAAUUUGACUGACGGCGGGCAUAGUUCCAACUAUCCAACAAUCGAUAGCCCCAUGAACACAACACUUCCACCUCAUAUGUGUAACAAAAAUUCAUGCAACCUUACGCA